AUGCUGUCCCUCCGCCGCGGCGCGCAAAUCCUUCGUCUGAUCCCCGACGGCCUUGCGAGACGGCACAUGAUGCGAGACGCCGCGCCAGCCGCCCCGACGCAUGCUCCGGCAGCGUGCAGAGUCUUCAGUGCUGCCCGGCGCGUCCGAGCACGCACGGCCCACGCACGGCAGCAUGGCAGGGGGGAGAUGUUUGAGAGUGCUAGGGGAGGCCGCGCCAUGCUGGCAAAAAAGGGCAUCGCGUGCCGCGCUGCGCGCGCCCAGGGGGGGACGGGCUGGGGCGCGGCACUCACCGUGCGCGCAUUCGGCGCGACGCCAGUCACGAGACGGCCGCGCGCGCCGGCCGGCGAACGGGGUCCCUGCGCACGGCACAUCGCCGCGAGUGCCGCCGUCACGCCUUCGGCCGGGGACCGGCGACGGGCCCUGGACGAGGCCGCCAAACAGUCCUUCGACUAUACCCUCCUCGAGGCCGUCUGCACCGAGAUUCGGUCGGGGUGGAUUCCGUCCAAGGUUCAGAGCGUCCAGCAGGUCGACGCCGUCACCGUGAGCGUGCGGCUCCGCGCCCUCGAGGGCACGGCGAACCUCAUCGUGUCCUGGGGUGCGAACAGCGCGCGCGUCACGCUGCAAGCGCGCGACGGCUCGGCGGCGACGACGGAGCCCUUCGCGUUCGCGCAGACGCUCGCUGCGAAGCUCAAGGACCUCGUCCUCACGGGCGCUGACGUCGCGGUGCCGUGGGAGCGCGUGGCGCGCCUGGAGUUUGCCCGCCGCCCGGACGAGCCCCCGUGCCUGUCGCUGGUCGUGGAGCCGAUGGGCCGGCACUCGAACGUCUUCCUGCUGGCGGAGGACGGCGAGACGAUCGUCGCGGCGGCGAAGCAGAUCGGCGAGGGGCAGAGCCGGGAGCGGCAGGUUCGCGUCGGCGAGCGCUACGUGCUUCCGCCGCCAGCGGCCGGGCGGGAGCCGUCCGACGCGCUGGACGCCGCGGACCUGCGCGACGCGGUGCUGGCAGUGAAGGACGAUGUGCGCGGGGGCGCGGUCGCCAAGUGCCUCGCGCGGGCGCUCCUGGGGGUGUCGCCAGCGCUGGGGGCCGAGCUGUGUUGUUCCGCGGGCGUCGACCCGACGCAGGACGCGGGGACGAUCUCGGACGCGACGUGGCUGCGGCUGCGGACCGAGGUGGCGCGCUGGGUCGCGGCGGUGAGGACGGGCGCGUUCCGCGCGGGACUGUGCGUUCCUGCGAGGUGCAUUUCAGCGAUCAGUGACGGGAGGACGGGGGUGUACGAGGACGCUCCAGGGGGGCCUGGCGCGACCGUGUCGGAUGCGCUCGGGGCGCUGCGGCCCGGCGAGUCCGGCCAGGAGCAGCACGCGGCGGUGCGUGCGGUGGUGGACAGGGCGUUGAAGUUCAACCUCAAGCGGGCACGGGGCCGCGUGGCCGCGUUGGAGGAGCAGGAGCGCGCGGGGUACGACGCGCCGAAGGUGCGCCACCAGGGCGAGCUGCUGGUGGCGAACGUGUGGCGGAUCAAGCCCGGGAUGAAGGAGAUUGAGGUCGAUGACUGGGAGACGGGGGAGAAGGUUACGGUGAAGUUGGAGGCGGACAAGAAGCCGCACGAGCAGGCCGAGGCGAUCUUCAAGAAGGCGAAGAAGCUGCAGCGCGCGCUCGAAACGCUCGGACCUCUCAUGGAGGAGGCGAAGAACACCAUUUCCUAUCUGGAAUCGAUUCAGUCGGCCGCGGACCAGCUGUGGGAGUACCGCGGCCCGGAGGACCUCGCGGCGCUGCGGGAGGUCCUCGCGGAGCUGCGCGACGGCGGGUACGUCAAGGACGAGGAGCAGCGCGUGAGAUCGCAGCUCAACCUCAAGGAGUCCAAGGCCUCGCGCAAGGCCCGGCAGAAGCAGCAGGGCGCGAAGUCGGCCGGGGGCGGCGGCGGGUUCCGGCAGUUUGAGUCCCCCGGGGGCCUGAAGGUCCUCGUCGGGCGCAACAACCGGCAGAACGACGAGCUGAGCAUGCGGGUGGCGCGCGCCAACGACGUGUGGAUGCACGCGCGCGGGUGCCCCGGGGCGCACUUGGUGAUGCGGGUGGAGCCGGGGGACGACGUGCAGGAUGCGGACAUUGCGUUUGCUGCGGCGCUGGCCGUGCACUACAGCCGGGCGCGGCAGGAGGCGCGGUUCGAUGUGUCGAUGUGCCGCGGGAGGGACGUGGGGAAGCCGAAGGGGGCGAAGCCCGGUAUGGUGGUGAUCAAGGGCGGGGAGCAGGUCGUGAUCGGGAGGCCCGCGGACGCCGCGGACGCGAUCGCCGCCACGAGCGACACGGACUAG